GGUCGCCACAAUAGGGGAUGGGAUGAAAUAGAGUCUCCUCUACAAUCAUCAAAUCCACAUAAAACAUAUAUUUAAUAAUAAUAAAAAAAAAAUAAUAACAAUAAAAAUAAUUUCCCAAUGCAGGAUCAUUUUAAAAUUGAACUCCAAUUUUAUUUCCCCCCCCCAAAAUGACUUAAUUGAUGCUUGACUUAAACAACCCUAUUCCGUAUCUCAUUGGCUGGCACCAGGGUCACGUGGCCUGCACGGCACUCCGUCUAUUUGACAGCCCCAGGAUGGCUCAGUGCCAGAGGGGGGAAACAAGACUCACACAUAGGAAAAGAGAGAGAAAGAAGGGAGAGAGGGAGGGAGGGAGAGAGAGAGAGAGAGUGAGUGAGAGAGAGAGAGAGGGAGAGAGAGAGAGAUUAGUAUUCUGCUACCAGUCUCGCUAUAAAUCAAUCAUGGAGUCCUACGUGAUGAGCUGUAAAUAUGCUGAGUCGCAGUUCCUGCCUUGUGAAGAAGAUUACAGUAAUUUUACUAACCAGGGGGGGUAUUACAACAACAACAACCACAACAACAACCCCCAGGACUGCGGUAGUUAUGAAGGGGGGUAUCACCAGCCCCUGCAGCCCCCGGCGCCACCAAAUAUACCACAACAAAGCGACUAUCCGCACUCUUUGCAGGCGCAUCAUCACCCGGAGGACGGAGACAAACUCGGAAAUCAACAGCCUCAGCAACAACAAAAUGACGCGGAGUCCUUCUUCGGGUACGGGGACGCGCAGGAUCCCGGCAGCAAGGACAGGUUCUCCCUGCACCCUGAGCUGCGGUGCCAGGCCUGGAUGACCUGCAGCGGUGCCAACAACAAGCCCGUUCAGGUGCAGAGGAGAGCGGCGUGCCAGAGCAAGGACAAGCCGCCGUUUGUUGUCUACCCGUGGAUGAAGAAGGUGCACAUCGCUCAAGUUAAUCCCAACCACCUGGGACCGGAGCCGAAGCGCUUGCGGACGGCCUACACCCGGCAGCAGGUGCUCGAGCUGGAGAAAGAGUUCCACUUCAGCCGCUACCUGACGCGCCGCCGCCGCAUCGAGGGGGGGCACGCGCUGAGGAGCAAAAACAAGAGGUCGGCGGACAUCAGCCACAGCGACAGCGGCAUCGCGAAGGCCGCCAUCACCGUGUGAAAAAAUGUGUGAUGUUCGUCAUCAUCUUCAUCCCCGAACACUUACUUCACCCACUACAUCCUGAAACUAUUCUUUACCGCCUCGAAAUACUCCAGCAGCUGCUGUCUUAUCUUAUACUUCCAUGAUAGCUGGCCUGUUUGUUUGUUUGUUUGUUUUUUUGUUUUGUUUUUUAUCGGCGUCUUUGGUAUAGAGGGGUCAAAAUUGAGUUUAAUUUCAUAAAAAAAUAUAAUAAAUGUUUAAAUGAUACAUUUUAUAAUCACUUUUGUUGUAAAAAAAAAACAUAUUUUCAGUCUAUUUCUUGAUCUUAUGUUACAGAUAGUUUUGUCCAGCUACCAGUAGAAAUCUGAACUCGUUAUUUGUUUUUGUUUUUGUUUUUUACUUCAGUCGUCUCUCUCACCUUGCCUAUUGAUGGAUAAACGUUC